ACAGCAAUCACCUCCCCACACUAUAUAAAUACAGAUGUGAAACAGCCACCUUCACACUUGUUCUUCAGACAGGACAGCGUCAAUUAAAACACACUGACACAGACUAAAACUGAACACCAUGAAGGUCCUUGUGGUGCUUGCACUUGCUGUAUUUACAGGUUGCCAGGCCAACCUAUUUUAUGCUGAUGAGCCCAAGCCACAGCUGGAGCAGCUGACAGAUGCUUUUUGGAGCUAUGUGGCCAAGGCAACACAAACCGCAGAGGAAACUGUCAAGAUGAUCAGGUCUUCUCAGCUGGGACAGGAAGUCAAUACUAGGCUGACCCAGAGUGCCGAUAUGGCCAGUGAAUAUGCCGUCACCCUCAAGAAACAGAUGGAUCCUCUGACUGAAGAGCUGAUGACCAAAAUCACCAAGGAGGCUGAAGUGUUGAGGGAGCGUCUGGGCCAGGACUUGAUGAAUGUAAGAGACAAACUGGAGCCCUAUGCUGACAACCUCCAGAGCCAGAUCCAGCAGAGAGUGGAGGAGCUCAGGACGGCCAUGGCUCCAUAUGCUGACUCCUUGGAUUCUGAGACCCUGAAGGCCAAUCUGCUCCAGAAGAGUGAGGAGCUGAGAGGAAACCUGGAGCAGAGCGUGAAGGAGCUGCAGGCUCAGCUGGAACCCUACACUGCUGAGAUCAAGGAGAAAGUGGACCAGCAUCUGCAGGAGUUUCAGAAAACCCUGACCCCCCUGACUGAGGACCUCCAGACCCAGAUCAGAGAGAGAGCCCAGAUGGUCCAGAAGAGUCUCACACCCUAUGCUGAAGACCUCAGGGAAAAGCUGGACCCUUACGCACAGGACCUGCAGGCCCAGCUCACCUCCCUGUACGAGUCCUUCACCAAGAGAAAUUAGAUGCCACCAACAGACUUUUAUCAACUGCUGCUAAUGUAAUUAGAUGUUAGAUUCAGUUCAAUGUGAAAGUAUUUUCGUCACUGUCUGUGGUUAACACUAACAACUGCAGCUGACCUUACAGUGACUUGAUGGAAGUAUUUAUUCUCAACCAUGUAACAAAACACUAAUUAUGUAAUGUUUGAAAUGUUUUAAUUUAAACUAAAUAAAUGUUUUGUUAAAUGAAA